AUGGACCCGCAGACAAGAGAGUUCUUUGUUAUGGAGGCUGUCACGAGAGCGGAGUAUGUCUUUGUGUUGUCAGUGGGUGCUGCAGUGGACUUGACUAUAGAGGAUGUUGUGGAGGUGUACAAGGGAGACAAGGCAGAAAUUCAUUGCCAGUACGCUUUCACAGAGGAACCCACAAUGCUGAUGGUUCAGUGGUUUGUGCGUAAACGUGACGGUAACAGAGAGAGAAUCUCCUACAGCGAUCGUGAGCAGCAGAAGGUGGACGAUGACACAGAUUACACCGGCCGCAUCACUGUCACCGGGGACGACGUCAGAGAGACUCUGAUAAUCCACAACGUCCAGGUGUCUGACGACAGAGAGUUCUUCUGUCAGGUGAACGGGUUUGUGGCCGGGAACGGCGAGGGCAAGACCCACUUAAAGGUUUUCGCCCCUCCUCAAAAACCUGUGAUCGAGGCUGUGGACUCUGGAAUCUCUGUAACCAAAGACUACCCGUCUAAGAUUGCAUCUUGUGAAGUAAGAGAUUGCUUCCCAAGACCAAACAUCACAUGGUACCGGAACCGUGUAGCACUGAUCCCCAAAAGUGGCCAGGUCAACGUGGUCACAUUGUUGUCGACGGAUUCUAGCGGACUUCACACUGUUGAGAGUGAGCUGCAAUACAAGGUUUCUAAAGAAGACAGAGAGGCGCACUUCUACUGUGAGGUCAGCUAUUUAGUCCCCGGAGCAGUGAGGACCGCUGAAUCUAGGCCUGUCAACAUCAUAGUGCACUACCCCACGACGAAUGUCGAGAUGUGGAAGGAAUCGCCCGAGGGCCUGGUCAAAGAGGGGGACACAGUGGAGCUCCGUUGCCUGGGCGAUGGGAACCCCCCACCAGACUUCAUUUUCACCAGAGAACAACAGCCGGAUGAAGAACUGGACGCUUAUGCAAAUUCGCUGGUUCUGAUGGACGUGACGCGUGGCCACAGUGGCACAUACCAGUGCCGUUCGCUCGACAUGGGCACGGAGGAGGAGGUGAUUGGGAGCACACAAUUGACAGUCCACUACUUGGAUCCAGCUGUGGUUGUGCCCAAAGACUCUGAGGUAAUGCAAAAAGGAGAGAGAUUAAUAGCUACCUGCAAUGCCUUGUCUUCUCUAGAUACCUCCACGGUUUGGUAUAAGGACGAUGUUGAGGUUGGCACAGGACACAUGCUGCUCUUGAACAAUGCUACCUUCGACACAGCGGGAGAGUAUUAUUGUGUGGUAACUGUACCCACACUACGCGGCCUGCAGACCAGUGGCUCCGUCCAUAUCAUCGUCCAGGGUGCUCCUGAGAUGAAGGAUGCAGACAGGGAGAUAGUUAUGUCAGAGAAGGUGGGGAGAUGGGUGAACCUGAGCUGUGAAGCACGAGGUCACCCACAGCCCACCAUAACCUGGAACGUCAUCGGCAGUCAGGGCUGGCGCGAGGUCUCGAACAAAGUGACCGAGGACAGCAUUCAGAGCGUCGUGACAGUUAAAGUGACCUCUGACACCAACGUGUCCUGCAACGCUACAAACAAGGAGGGAACAGAGAUGAAAAGCUAUUACAUCAGACCAAUUCCUUUGGUCUCCGUUCUUCCAAACACGGCUGCUGAGGGAAGUGGCGUGAUCAUCGUUGUUAUCAUUGUCUGCAUCCUUCUCUUGGCCAUCAUGGGCAGCGUCAUCUACUUUCUCUACAAGAAAGGCAAGCUGCCCUGCGGACGCUCGGGAAAACAAGAAAUCACUAAUGUCUAUAGCACGAAAGAGCCGGUCAGGAAGGAUGACAUCGUAGUGGAAAUGAAGGCAGACAAGACUGAGGAAUCUGUUCUACUGAAGGGCGUAAAUGGCGACAAGAAACCGCCAAACGACCAGUACAUCGAUCUACGGAAAUGA